GUAAGCCAAGUGUCACUCUCUACAAGUCUACUCCGAAAGCAAAAGCCACCGCCGCCGCAUCGGAGAAAUCCAACAAUGGAGUUGACCACCGCCAAAUCUCACUCACCCAUCUACGCUCUCCUCCGCAGACCUCCACCGCCGCGUUCACCGAAAUCACACAUCUCACCAAUCUCAAUCAAACUCCACAAUCCCCAAUCCCAAUCUCAAUUUCAAAUUCCGAAGCCCCUUUUCGCAGCGCGCCGCCCCGAAUUGAAACCCACUCACUGCGGCAAUUCGUCGAACGCCGUGACUGCAGAAGAGAGGAGCUGGAUCGAGGCGGCCGGGGAGGCGGUGUCGACCGCAUUUCCGGUGUGGGUGGCGCUGGGGUGCUUGCUAGGGCUGCUGCGGCCGAGCUCCUUCAAUUGGAUGCAGCCGAAGUUGACGGUGAUGGGCAUCACCCUCACCAUGCUUGGAAUGGGCAUGACGCUCACCUUCGAUGAUCUCCGCGGCGCCCUCGCUAUGCCUAAGGAGCUGUUUGCUGGAUUCUUCUUGCAGUAUUCGAUAAUGCCAUUAUCCGGAUAUUUUGUGAGCAAGCUCUUAAACUUGCCGUCAUAUUAUGCAGCCGGCUUGAUACUGGUGGGAUGCUGCCCCGGAGGGACAGCCAGUAACAUCGUUACAUACAUUGCACGCGGAAAUGUGGCUCUUUCCGUGUUGAUGACGGCUGCAAGUACGCUCUCUGCUGUGGUUAGUAGUGACUCGAAUUUUAUUUGCACCUUUGAAGGGAUAAGUUUGAGGAUGUUUACUUUUUUUCAGAACUCGGUGCUUGGAGUGGUCCUUGCGAAACACUUUGGGAACCCGUUGACAGCUGUGCCAUGCGCAGUUUCCAGCGUGUGCCAUUCGAUCUUUGGUAGUGCGUUGGCUGGGAUUUGGAGACGAGACAUCCCCCAGAAAGAUCAAGACGAGAAACAAGAUGCAUAGUUGCUCUGUCUAGUGUUGGAAUUUAGGCAGCUUUGUAUCCCAACAAAUUGUAGCUUUGGCAUAUUGAUAUGGUUCUUUGUUGUUGUUGUUGUUUCGAUUUUUUAUGUGCAAUGAAGCAGUGGGGCAGUUAAGGUGGUGA